ACGUUCUCACGCUUUCCUAACCUCCCUCCCCGCACCGAGAGGAGCCGGCUUCGCUGGAACUCAGGCCGGCCCGUGGGGGCUAGGCACCCAUGUGUGUGCCCGCUCCGCCCCCUCCCGCAGAGCCUCUCGCAGCCCCCGCCUCUCCGUCGGAGAACGAGAGGACACAGCAACUCCCCCGCCACCCCGGACAUACCACCUCUGUGUCUGUUGCUCCAUGCCCGAACCUUCGGUCCGCUCCCCUCUACGUACGGGCCGUCCUCGGCACUCACCGGAGAUACUGCGCGCUCUGCAGGCUCAUCCUCCGCCGCCCGCGUCUUCCCGCGAAGCCUCUGUGGGUCUCUCAGGCUCCUCGGAGCGGCCCCGCGGCACCGCGGGUGCUGGCGGCCGCCGCCAUCUUCCUCUCCUCCGGCUCCUCCUCGCUCGGCGGGGGGGUGGGGUCACUGUCCAGGUUACUACACAUACCACCAUGGAGGAGACAUGGUCCCUGUCUUGGAGGAAUGCACCUUUUGGCAGAGAUGCCAGAGAAUAAAGAAUUGAUUAGGAUCCAGUAUGAAGGGUGUGGCAAUUAAGUACUCAAGGACACAAUGUGUAUGAAGCUGACCCAUGUUCUCUUCAGUACUACUCCUCAGACCUGGAGCUAAGUCAUUCAAUCAAACAUAUCGAGACACAAAAAGAGAGGCGACCCCUGGACAGCGCGAGGGACCUACUCGCAAUGACCGAGACCACCAAGACCCACGUUAUCUUGCUCGCCUGCGGCAGCUUCAAUCCCAUCACCAAAGGGCACAUUCAGAUGUUCGAAAGAGCCAGGGAUUAUCUGCACAAAACCGGAAGGUUUAUUGUCAUUGGCGGGAUUGUCUCUCCUGUCCACGACUCCUAUGGAAAACAGGGCCUUGUGUCGAGCAGGCACCGUCUCAUCAUGUGUCAGCUGGCCGUCCAGAACUCCGAUUGGAUCAGGGUGGACCCGUGGGAGUGCUACCAGGACACCUGGCAGACGACCUGCAGCGUUCUCGAACACCAUCGGGACCUCAUGAAGCGGGUGACUGGCUGCAUCCUCUCCAAUGUUAACACACCCUCCAUGACACCUGUCAUCGGACAGCCCCAGAAUGAGACCUCCCAGCCCAUUUACCAGAACAGCAAUGUGCCCACCAAGCCCACGGCAGCCAAGAUCCUGGGAAAGGUGGGUGAGAGCCUAAGCCGGAUCUGCUGUGUCCGCCCGCCGGUGGAGCGCUUCACCUUUGUGGACGAGAACGCCAAUCUGGGCACGGUGAUGCGGUACGAGGAGAUCGAGCUGCGGAUCUUGCUGCUGUGUGGCAGUGACCUUCUGGAGUCCUUCUGCAUCCCAGGGCUCUGGAACGAGGCAGAUAUGGAGGUGAUUGUGGGGGACUUUGGGAUCGUGGUGGUGCCCCGGGAUGCAGCUGACACAGACCGAAUUAUGAAUCACUCCUCAAUACUCCGCAAAUAUAAAAACAACAUCUUGGUGGUGAAGGAUGACAUCAACCAUCCCAUGUCUGUUGUCAGCUCAACCAAGAGCAGGCUGGCCCUGCAGCACGGGGACGGCCACGUCGUGGAUUACCUGUCCCAGCCGGUCAUCGACUACAUUCUCAAGAGCCAGCUGUAUAUCAACGCCUCGGGCUAGCGGCCCCAAGGCCCUCUGCUCCACUCUCCCCUCGUCCUCCGCCAACACACGGGCCCCUCUGUCCGUCCCCGUCUCUCUCCUGCCUCUCUGUUUCUCCAUCUCCUCAUCUUGACUGUUGUCGCCACUUGCUGACUCAGACCCCACAGUGUGGGGGACCUGCAGAGAACCACGACCUCCCCUCCUGCGCAGUCAUCUUUGGACAAACCUUCCUCUAGUCUCCGGGUGGGGGUGGGGAGGGGAUGGGGGUUGGGGAAGUGCGGUCUUUGGAGAUGUGCUGGUGUCCGUCUCCCAGCAUGCUCUGGGGAGGCGGCUCUGGCUCUCGCCUUCCCAGCAUGCCCUUUACCACAAAGGGCUAUUUUUCUUGCUCUUCUUUUGUUUUGUUUUUUGAGGUUUUGUUGUCGUUGUUCACUCCUCAUAGAACUUGGAUCAAAUCGGUGUUGGUGGUUCUUGAUGUUUGUAGCCUUGAUGCAUUCCUUCCCGUUGAUAGGAUGCUGCAGCCAGCAUCCGCUCUCAGAAGGUGCAUGAGGGCUAUACCCAGUGGAGAAGGCUGAGCCACCUCUACUUUUGCGACCGCCCCCAUCUACCCCCCGCCCCGGCACACACACACACACACACACACUCACACAGCAGUCUGGGUCAAGACUGAGACUUUCAUGUUCUGAAACCUGGGAUGCAAGUCCGGGAAUAGUAGGGUUUCUCAGAAGGACUUGAGUCCAUUUCCUUAGUUUCAGAAGACCGUUCUCCUGAUGCUCCAGUCCGUUCUCAUUUCUUGGUGGCAUCUGUACAGUUACUUAUUUGGGCUGUGACUGAUGGCCAUGCGGGUUGCUCCCUGCCAGCCCAGGCAUUUCCAAGGGACCUUCAGCUCACCGUCAAAGCCCUCGGAGGCUAUGCUUAGCCACCUUCCGGCAUCUGGGAAGAAUCACAUAUGCAAGGCCAAAUACUGAUAAUGCAGUGGUUUCUGAACUAAAACAUGUGAGGAAUCCACUCACCCCCUAGAGAUAUUUGCUAAUUGGAAUUAUUUAUUGCCUCCUUGGCUGGGAAAUGUCUCUGUCAUAAGUCUAGGAUGACCUAGGAGAAAGCAGUUUGCUUCCCUAAUGGGAAUUGAUGACUUACCCACUCUGUCUGUGGUAAUAACAGGCGGUGCCUGAGGUCAGCUCCUUCUUGAGAAGCCGUGCCGUGGCCUUGUUUCUGGGUGAGGGUUCUGUCUCCUGCAGGGCCCAGCAGCCACCGUCAUGGCCUGAGGAAAUCUACCUAGCAGAGGCAUGGGUUCACGAACAGAGAUCUUAGGAGAGUGUCAGAAGCCACUAAACCAUUUCAUCCCUUUUCUCCCUUAUGUCCUCCUUCCUCUGCUGCCCUGGAAACUGUUUUGACAGACUCUGUUCUCGUUGUUCAGACCUCACUCCUGUUCUGCUUGGAGAACCAAAAGGAAAGCAUAUGCUCUUGGGCUCUGUGUCUCUCUUCCAGUUUCUGGCUCUUGGGUUUUUGGUUCUUGAGGAGUGGCCCCCGAACAGUAAGAUAAUGGUAUCAAAAUCUGGUACCAGCUCUGGCCCAGGAGGGGUCAGGUAGGAUUUGACCCUAGGAACCGUGUUCUUCACCGUGCAUUCCACAUCUGUAGCAUCCUUCAGUAGCCUCCAGGAAAAGAAUCGAAACUCAGUGGAAGAGGACCAUGGGGGAGGGGUGCUAUUCUCUUGGAUUAUGGAAAUAAUCUCCAAAGGACAAAGGUAAGGGUCUCGGUGUUUGGCUAAGGAUCAUGGAAUCAUAAGCUGAAAAGACCUUUAAAGAUUAAUUGACCCAACAUUUCCUUUAAAGAUGAGGGAGCAGAGAUGCACUGGAUUAAAUGGCUGGCCCAAGGUCAUAUGGCGAGUAUAGAGCCUGACAAAAGGAUGCGUUUCCCUGACCCUUUGGUCAUCACACCUCGUGGUCUCUGCUCCUCUGGUUCACCAUGACACUGACCAGGUAAGAUGCGGUUUUCAGCCUUUACCUGGCAGCUUGCUCUUAAUUUAGGUCUGGCCCACAUGCUCCCUGUGGAUGGCAUUGUGGUUGCUAGUCCUUGGGGAGAAUGUGACGGUGAGGAAGGCUGGAGCUAGGUUUCCCUUAGAAACUGACGGCUAGAGAGCAGAACAGCUUGGAGGAAAUCCCAGAAAGUGACCUUCUGAGUCCAAGAAAGGAUUGUUUAUGGAAGGCAAAGACCCAGCGAGUGCACAAGACGGCACUCGUGCUGAGAGACAGAAGAAGCUCUACCGGGCAAGGCCAUCGUAAGGCAGGAAAUCAGGGAACUGGAUUCCCCAGGAUACGGAGUUUGUGGCUCCUUUGUUGAGAAGAUCCACGUGAGCAGGUCCGAGAAAGACCAGCUGUCUUUUGUCUCCUUGGUCCACUCUUCUUCUGCUGGGCUCUAUAGUCAAGCCCCAUUUAAUCCAUACCCCUGAGAGGACACGGGGCCAGCUCUACCCACUCAGCGUCGGGGCGGGAAGGCAGGUCUGAAGGGAGAGUGAGAAGAACUAGGGAAAAGAAUGGGGGCAUGGACAUCGGUUUCGAGGAGUGAAAUGAGGCAGAUCUGAUCUUGGAUGUAUCACAAGGAUCGUGUUAAAAUGGCUUUUCUUUAAUACAAGGAAAAGUGUACCCCCUUUUGGGUAGAAUUGUCCAUCCCUUCCCUGAGGUCCUUCACCUGCUGGAGGGAGGUCAGAGCCCCUUUCUCAGUCCAGGGCAGGCACGGUGGCCAUGACCCAGCCAAGGCCAACACCAGAGAGAUGAUUCACAGUUGGGAGCAGUGCCCCACCUGCCCACAGGAUGACCUCAAGGCCCCGACUUCCAUUCAGAGGUCCUUUUCUUUCCUGCAGAAGCCAACCCACAGGCUCAGAGAGCGUGAGAAAGGCAUGGACUGCAAGGAUUGUGUCGAGAGGGGUCUAGAGCCUCAUUUCCUGUCUCCCAAAUAAAGAGUGUCCUUCCCACUCUUAUGAAAGCAGCUGAUAUAUAAGAACAGGCAGGAGGGAAACUUUCUGUGUCCCUGACUCUCCUCAAGGAGUGGCCCUUUGAGGGCAGGGUCUGUGCUGCCUGCUGGUACCUCACUCACCCCCCUCUCCAGCCCCCAGGCAGCCUCUGGGGGCUUCUUGCUUUCAUUUUCCGUGAAUGUGCGUGGGAACAGAGGAGGAAAGUCUCUUACUGAAGUGCCUGAAACCCAGAACUAGAGCUUCUAGAGACGCUGUUCUUUCUGUCCUGGCUUGGUUAACCUUUCCCCAACACUCCCUAGUCUCAUGCUCCAGCUUCUCAGAAAGACUAAAAGAACUUGCUGUCCUAAUUAACUAGAAAGCAAGACUCCAUAGUCAAACCACAGCAAAAGGCAGAGAAUUACAGGGAGACAUGACUUAUAUUUUAAUAGCCCAAAUCUGCUCUCCCAAAUCAAUACACACACACACACUUUAGAGGACUAAGAGCGAGAAGCAUGUUGUUAUAUUUUAUUCAUCAAAAGAGCAAUGCAAAAAUAAAUCAGCAGAAUAUGGAAAGCUCAGGAUCUCUCCCAAGGCUACUACAGCAGGUGAUGGGAAGGAUGGAAACAGGGAUCGAUUUUGUAGCUCAUCCCAUGUGGACACCUUAGGAUUAGCAUCGUGGUAAAGAUGAUGAAUGUUCUCUGUUCAUUCCCUUUGGUCCACACCUUCCUAUCGCUGCCCAGUAGACGCGAUUCGUCAUGUGGUUUCUCUUUCGUGUGCGUUCGAAAUGUCCUAUGAGCUUGUCCUGGUUGGUUAGGAAUGAGUUACACUCUUUCCCGCCUCCUUCGGUCUAGGUCUGGGGCCAGACUUCUGCUUGGUCCAAGCAGUCUCAAGGAUUGGCAUGGGGAGGGGGAAGCUUUUUGGAAUCACUUUUUGGUCACUGAGUCUGCCAUUUUCAGAGUAAGAUUUGCUCUAUGGAAAUCCACACAUUAAUAAAAACUACUUUCAAGUUGCCACACCAUCUCACAGUGAAAUAUUUUGAGUAAAAUUUUGUUGUUAGAAUAGUUAGAGACAAAAGUUUUAUCAGCAAACUGUUUCGAUGACGUUAAUAAAUAAGAUGAUGCUACUGGAGUCUCAUGUCUUGUCUAGAAUCUUCUUUGUGAGUUGUAGAAUUAAUCACUUUUUUUUCACAGUCUCACUUGAUGGGAGUCAGUGGUUGUAAGAAUGUUCUUAGAGCUGAUUUUCUGCCUGGUUUUACUGAUGCUGCAUGUGAAAUAUGAAAGUGUAUAAACUAUACCCAAGGGUCAUAAACAGGGAAGAAUAAUGAGCAAAUUUGUCGGUCGUGCUUAAAUUUUCUCAAUUUAUUCAAAAAUCAGAUCUAGGGUUCUACCUAGUCUGCACAGUCUGGUAUUGGUUAGCUUGGGUCUUGAAUGAAAUGAGUUCUCUGUGAAUUAAAAAUAUAUUGGUGAAAAUUAACAACUUGAAUAACUUACUUCUUGACAUAAAAGAGCUUAAGACAGAAAUUGUUAAACUCACAAUUGGUUUUAUUUGACAAACAAGCAAAAAAUGAAUAAGUCUGUUGUUCAAUCCUGCUAUGACUAUUCUUAUUUAUUUUUUAGUUGUGACAUACAUUAAGUAUGGGUUUAGGUCUAAAUAGUGAUUGUCCUUGGCUGAUUGAUAGCAGUCAUGAUUCGGAAAGUAAAAAUAACAAUUCCCCAUUCAGCCAGCUCAUUUAAGGCUUAGCUUCUUGUUUGUCAGAUUAGUUAUUUUUUUUAAAUCAUUUUGGUUCUUAGUAUCUUUUUUGUCUAAGACUGAGAUUAGUCAGCUUUGUGUGUGUGCAUGUAGAUUAGCAGCUCAUCAUGAUGGCGCUUGACAUGCCUUAUAAAUUGAUGGCUUGUAUUUAUGUAUGUUUGCUAUUUGGGUCACAAAGCUAAACAUGUUUUUUCCUCUGUCCUGAGACUAUGUAAUGAUGAGAUCUUACUUAAAAUUGGGUGUAAACACUGGUUUAUUUUGCUUACUUAUGCUAACUUAGAAAAUAUCUAUGCUGUAUAUGAAUUAACAUACAUGGACAUACUCAUUUUUUCCCGUUACAACCCAUAAGUAAGCUUCAGGUCUUGGAAUUUCCUAGAAACUUCCAUGUAGCCCAUAGUAUGAAGAAAGUAGAGGGGGAAAAAAAAUCUAAUCUCUUCCUUCCAGGAGGGAAAAUUGAACCACAGCAAGAAUCUGCAACAUUCCCAUGAUCAUGCAAAACAUUAAACAAGACAUAAUAAACAUAUUCCUGGUCCUUGAGACUUGUUCCAAACAUUGGACAUUACAGAGUAUCUUCUUACUCUUUGGUCCCGCCUCCCAAGAGUACUAGAAAGAAACCACAUCCUGGGAUAAGAUUGGAAAUACAUCUGCUAAGAUGUUACAGUCUAUGGGCAGUUUCAUUUCUAUCCACCUCUCCAAGCAGAAAUCCCCAUGAGUCAAAAUAGCUGAUGACGCAUGUGAGGGCUUACCAGGGGCACAAGUAAUCAGAAAACUCUCAGAGGAGAAGCACGAGAGCGUUUUCACCACAAAUCAUAAAACAUUGAUAAGAAAGAGGCAGGAAAGUGCCCUUAACUUGGCGGGGCAGGUCAAGACUAGUAACCAAGUCUAAGACCUAGGUAGGCUAUAGCUAAGCCCCAAGGCCCAUCUCUCUGCUUGGGGACAACCUGUCACAUCCUGAGAAAUGAGGGGAUCUUCUCCGUACAAAGAGAGUCACAUGAGUCACUUUUCUAUGCCCCAUCUCUACUCAGGGAUUAUCUUCCGUUUGUUGGGAACGGCAUUCCUAUGACUUUCUUAAUCUCUCCCACUGAGGGAUCCUUUUAUGGUCGUGUGCCCUUGGUUAUUAGCUAAUGGGAUCCCCCACCAAGUUACCGAGUUCCCUCAAAUAUACACUACCUAAUCCUAUGAGUGGCAGAGACAGAGAGCCAGUCCCUAAGGAUGCAUUCUCCCCUUUCACAGCAUAGAAUUGUCACUGAGAAGUGACUUCCCACCCAGGGACUAUAUUUCUCAGUCCCUCUGCACGUUAGAUGUGGUCAUAAUACUGGAUUUUGGACCACGGAAUGUGAGAGGAAGGGCUGUGCAGUCCCUCCCAGGCCUGGCCCGCAAAACUUUCCUGUGUCUCUUCUCCUUUCCACCCCCUGGAAUGGAGACGCUUCUUAGUGCAGCCUUAGAAGCCACAUGUUAUCCAUGGCAGGGCCUCCGGAAUGGCUGUGUGGAGGGCCGUCCUGCCAACUUUAUCUCCAUCCAGUAUGUGAUGAGAGUAAGCAAAAAAGUAUCAUGAGUGAGUUAUGCAUAUGUUUAGGCCUGUAUGAUAUAGUAGUUAAUCUAACCAAAUGUGUAAAAUAUGUGAUUGAUUAUGUCAAGACAGGAUUAAAAAGGCACUUUCAGAGAAGGUAAAGCCAAGUGAUCAGAUCUGCCAGAAUUGAGAGGGGGGCGGUCAGUGUAGGCAGGAGCAGAAUCCUUUCCUCAGCACUUGGGUAGGUGGGCAACUCAGGAUCUUAAUUUAUAACAUUUGUGUUUAUCAAAAAGCAUGAUAGUGUACUAUAAGCUAUUGAUCUUCCUUUAUUUUGGAACUGACAAAAAAGACCAAAAUGUUCAUUGUAACCCCUACCCUGCUCGGGUUGUUCCCAAAAUAAAUUCUUCUCUAUGCUUAGGAGACAGCACCAGUUAAACUUCAUAAAAGGCUCACGUGGUUGGAAAGGGCAAAACAAGAUUCUCGGGAAAAAAAAAAGAAUACAAGA